AUGGGUGGUUCCAGAAGUAUCAUUCCUGUUCUGAUCAUAGUUGGUGUGAUGAUGGAGUACUCGUCACCUUGGGUUUGUGGGUGCUUCACUACUCCAAGAAUUCAUGUUAGAGUGCAAAACAAAUUGGGUGAAGGAAAGAAAUUGUAUUUGCACUGUGCAUCAGCGGACGACGAUCUUGGAAAGCAAUCACUGGACUUCAAUCAGGAAUUCACAUGGACCUUCUGUCAAAAUAUUUGGACUUCCUCUCUCUUCUAUUGUGACUUCUCAUAUGUAAGGGAUGGAAAAAAUGUAAGCACUCAUGGAGACGUUUAUUUUGCAGAAAGAGAUUAUUGCACAGACUGCACUUCUCUUGUUGGAUCUCAAGAGGUUUAUGUUGUAGACACAAAGAACCCUAGUGACUCCAAACUUGUAGCAAAAUGGCCUUAG